AGAAUGAAAUACACAAAAGUGUACAAAAUACAUUGCUAGAAUCAUACACAAAUUGAUGGUCAUGUGAAGUAUUUUUUCGAGCAAAAACGACCUUAAUCCGGAAAUUUGAUACAAUUGAUGAAUGAAAAAGAACGGCGCGAACAUUACCAAACCCAUUGGUGUAAGUUUUAUACAUAGUUGCGGUCGGAAGACUACAAAAAAACCAUCACAAACCCAUUUAUUAUAAUAGAAAGUGUACCUUCCUUGACUUGUGUGUUGAAUGAAAUUCUAAUCUAGUUCUUUGCUGUUGCUCUUCAAUUAACUAAAUAUGGAAUUUUGUCAACAAAAACAAAAAAAAAUGGGGAUCGAAUAAUUAAGUGAGUGGAGUUGUUUUGUGAAUUCCUGGAUUACUUUUUACUGUCUCUGGAUAAAACAUCUAUCAUGGAGACUUCCAUUGAUAGGGAUACAGGCCUCGGCGGCCUUUUCCAACACAUUAUUAUGGAUAUGAAGAAUGGUACGCCGCUGUGGGAGGACCUGAUUGCGAAAGCCACAAAGCUGCACUCCUCAUUAAAAGCUACAAUUUUGGCAGUUACCGCAUACUUGGAGGCGUUUCAAAAAAUUGCCGAUUCCGCUACUAACACAAGAGGAGCUACAAGAGAAAUAGGAACAGCGCUCACCAGAAUAUGCUUGCGGCACAAGGCAGUUGAGAAUCGGAUGAAACAAUUUACAGGGGUCAUUAUGGAAUGCCUAAUAAUACCGCUUCAAGAAAAACUUGAAGAAUGGCGAAAAACGGUACUAAAUUUAGAUAAAGAACAUGCAAGAGACUAUAAACGGGCCCGUGCUGAAUUGAAAAAACGCUCUACCGAUACUCUGAGGCUACAGAAGAAGAUGCGAAAAGGUGCUGGUGGUGAUGUACAGAAACGUUUCGAGUGCGGUCUUCAGGAUGUUACGGAACGACGUCAAUUACUAGAAGAGACUGAAAAACACGCCGUUAGGGCUGCUUUGAUAGAGGAACGGGGACGGUUUUGUACCUUUGUUGGAUUACUCAAGCCUGUUGUUGAUGAAGAGGUAGCUAUGCUAAGUGAAAUGGGUCAUCUCCAAGAAGCUGUACAACAAUUGGAAAAACACACCGCCGAUCCGAGCACGCUACCGCCGGCCUCAGAACAAGUUAUAGCCGAUUUGAAAUCCUCGGACAGUGGCUGGUCCUUUCAAACGCCACCGUCGUCCCCGUCCAGUUUAGGCUCUCGAAAGUCUUCCAUGUGUUCCAUUAGUUCGCUAAACAGUUCGUCGUCUGGCAGUUCAAAGAGUCAUCAUUCGCCGAGUCAUCCGCAUUGGCAGAGAAGUCUUUCGCAGCCUGUAGGGCGUAUUGGUGGCAAACGCGUAUUGUCAGUCUCUAGCCAAGAUUCAGGGUUCACCUCCCAGGACACCCUGUUUCCCAGGCCUGCCUCAUCUUUUAGUAUUGCCCAGGUCUCAAAUAUGUCCGAACACAGUAACAACAGUAGCAGUUCAAGUACUCCAUGUACUCCGUUCCCAGCAACUGCAAUUCCCACUACUACCGCCACUUGGCCCAAUUUGCAAGAGACAAUGCAAUUCGAACGAGCAGCUUCAGCCAUUAUAAGUGAUCGGCCUCACACCAUAUCAUCAGCUUACGAAAAAGGACACUCCCGUCCACCACUCACAGUCUAUACAUUUCAAGCUCCAGAACAAAGUCUAUCUCAACCGGCCAGUCCAGUGACCACGAUCACGCCCACUGCAGAAACGAAUCCGAUGAUUCCACCCAAGAGCCCUUCACUUUCAGUGAAGAGCCUUGCAAAACCACCAUUGCCUACAAGAUGCUCCUCACUUGAACGUCCAGCAGCGCCACCCGGUGGCAUUCCAGCCAAGUCGAUAGCUGGUAUGCAGGGGGUUAGAGUGCUCCCUCCUGGUGCCGGGGAGCAGUUGGCGGCACUAAGGAAGAUACCGCCAAGUGCUUUGCCCACCCAUCUAGCAGCCAAUAAAAGUGCUGCAGGACAACCUCAAAUACAGCAACCAACAUACGUUAACAUGCAUGAACUGGCCAACAUGGCAGUAGACAAAGCACAACAACAAGUCCAACAAAAUCAGCAGCAAAACCAAGCAGCCUUUCCGCCACCUCCAGCAGAAUUUAUCAGUCCUGUCGAAAAGCCCGAAGGUUCAACAGAAAAAGAAAGCAGCACCAGUGAAAGUUCCUUGGAGUCUUCCAGCGGCUACGGUAGCAGUCAUACUACCUUCAAUAUGGAAGAUCAUAAUCAACAUAUGGAUGAUGUAACAAAAUCCAAUAUGAAUAAUGCAGCCAGCAAAUACUGUACUCUACCCAGACACAACGACUCUGUAGAUGGCCAGAGGCGAAGACCUUUAUCAAUGACAGCAAUGAAUACUCUGGGUACACUUCGCAACAAUCUCCUGCGCAGAGGCAGCAUGCAAAACCAAAAACCUCCGCCUCCAAUAAGAAGGACGUCUUCCAUUACCAAUACUUGUGGUUCAAUUGGGAGUUUGGAAAAUUUACCUCCACCUCCAGCUUUCCUAUUGGAACCCACCAUCAGUAGUGGAAUACAGAGUCCCAGCCAGCAACAACUUGGCACUGUUAAAGACAUUAUACCAAAUCCAGGAAUAAAGGUUGCAGAAACGGUGAAAGCCUUAACCGAACUGAAACACACUCCGGCCAGUCCAAAUUCUAUUCGACGUAAUAUGGUUGCUAAUAACAUUUCCGGAUCCGUCCAGAACAUCUUUCAGCCUUCCACAGCCAACGAAAGACCGCACGGCUUCUCAACUGGAAUGGGAAAUGUCGAAAGGCAGAGCAGCUUUCAGCCAACAGGAAAUACUAUGGCCAUGUCCGGUUCGAAUCCUGUAUUGAGUACUUUCCAGAGUCAAACCAAAGUUUCCUAUUUAUCACAAUCCAGCGGCGUGGUAUAUGCUCAACCAUCCCAAAUCAUUGGAGGUAGUCCUAAUGCUGUAAGAAGAAUAACCAGUUUCAGAUCACAAAGUGCAGAUCGAAAAUCAGAUGGUCCAGGCAAAGUGGGGUCCAAUUUCAUAGCCUCCCUCAAUGCCAAACUAGCUCCGAGUCUCAGUCCUCGGACGUCACGGCGCAACUCAACAGAAGACCACAGCGUGACCACUAAAGCUCAGCAACAGCAGCAACGCGGUCCCGGACAAAGUUUUCUGGACUCUCUGAACGCCAAAUUGGCGCAGCAGCAUUUGGGUAGCAACGUCGUACAGCCGGUGGUCGGAUGGAAGGCCAGCAAAAUUAGACAGAUGAUAAACAGCAAGGCUCAGUUUUUACACCGAUUGUUUGUCGUUUUUAAUCUGACACUUUCCGUGUGAGGAGCGAGGGGGUGUUUCAUAUGGCAAAAACAGGUGUGAAGUCAAGUGAUCAUUAGCUUUCUAACGUAGGUAGGUAGCCACCAGCUUAUAUUCCUUUGGAGUAUCAGGUUAAAAUCGACGGACUAUAAUUGCCUCUGAUAUUUUUAUUCUAUUAUCUGUACAGGCCUCCAUAUAACCGUUUAGGUUCAAAGCUUUUGUUAACUAGUCCAGAAUAAUAAUUAUCAAGGAUUUUUGAACCAAAAAAUUCAUACAGAAUCGAUAUCAAAUUCAAUAACAAUUGAAACAUUUU